ACACACACACACACACACACACACACACACACACACACACACACACACACACACACUCUCUCUCAUGGAUGACUCGCCCUCUCCCCUGUAGGGUAUUUAAGCAGAAGCAGAAGUUUCCCAAGACGGAGCAGCAGCAGCGGAUCCACUCCAUCCAACAGCAGCUUGUCUCUCCAACUUCAUCCGAGUCUUUUCAGAUCGUCCUUCUCGAGUUAUCGCCGCCAUGUCUGAUCCAGGCGCCACCGCGACCUCCUCUCCCGCCCCCCCUCCUCCCACCGGACCCCGACCCAAGAUGACGAGCAGCGGUCGCUCUUUAGUUCCCAUCUCCACCUCCAACUCUGACUCCACCGACAUCCCUGAGUUUGAACCGUUUGGUCUGCCGGGUCCAAGAGGAUUCCCCCCUCUGACCGACUAUCUUGACAUCUUGGACGUGGACAUGAUGCGACUGCCGGAGGAGAACAACAAGCAGCAGCACCACACCAACUUGUACAACUCGGACUAUCUGGUGGUGCGUCGAGGACAAGAGUUCGAGGUCAAGAUCACCUUCAACCGUCCCUACAAAGCUGCCUCAGACAAGUUCGCUGUGGAGUUUGUGAUCGGCUCCAGCCCUCAGUUCAGCAAGGGCACCUACAUCCCUGUCUUUCCCCACAAUGAGCGUCCGAGCCCCUGGGAGGGCAGCAUCACCAACACCUCUGACAACACGGUCACUAUGGGCGUCACGGCUGCUGCCACCUGCACCGUGGGGAAGUACCACAUGUACGUCGCCGUGGUGACACCCUUCGGUAUCCGCAGGACCCGAAAGGACAAAAGCCGCGACCUCUACAUCCUCUUCAAUCCCUGGGCCUCAGCUGAUGCCGUGUUUCUGGAUGAUGAGAAGGAGAGGGAUGAGUGUGUGAUGAAUGAAAUGGGGAUCAUCUACCACGGCGCCUUUGAUGACGUCGCUGAGAGAAACUGGAACUAUGGACAGUUUAACUUUGGAGUCCUGGACGCCUGUCUGUACAUCAUGGACCGGUCCGACAUGCCCAUCACCAACAGAGGAGACCCCAUCAGGGUGACCAGGAAGGCCUCUGCUAUGCUGAACUCUCGUGAUGACGAGGGUGUGCUCGUGGGGAACUGGAGCGGCGACUACACCUACGGCGUGGCGCCCACUUCCUGGACCGGCAGCACCGACAUCCUGCUCACCUACGCCAGCGGCAAGAUGCCCGUCUGCUACGCUCAGUGCUGGGUCUACGCUGCAGUCUUCAACACCUUCCUGCGCUGUCUGGGCAUCCCGUCGAGGGUCGUCACCAACUUCUACUCCGCUCACGACAACGAUGGAAACCUGAAGAUGGACAUCAUCCUGGACGAGAACGGCAGAAUCGACCGCAGUCGCACCAAAGACUCUAUCUGGAACUAUCACUGCUGGAACGAGUGCUACAUGUCCAGACCCGACCUCCCAGCUGGCUUUGGAGGCUGGCAGGUGGUGGAUGCUACACCACAGGAGACCAGUGAUGGCAUGUACAGAUGUGGCCCUGCCUCAGUCCAGGCCAUCAAACACGGGCAGAUCUGCUUCCCAUUUGAUGCUGCCUUUGUGUUUGCUGAGGUCAACAGCGAUGUGGUGUUUUAUUCCCGGAAUAAAGAUGGCACCAUGGAGCCUGUCAGAGUGAACCGGACCCACAUAGGCCGCAUGGUGGUGACCAAAUCUCUAGGAGACAUGACCCGCCGCGAAAUCACCGAUCAGUACAAGUUCCCUGAAGGCAGUACCGAGGAGCGGACCGUCCUGGAGAAGGCGGAGGAGUACGGCUGUAAACGCGAUAAGUCCGAUCUUCCCGCGGCCGACGUGGACCUGAUCCUGCCCACCCUGGAGGUCAGCGUGGGCGACGACUUCGAGAUUAACCUGGAGUUUGUGAACCGCAGCGACGAGCGCCGCACCGUGGACAUCUACAUCAGCGGCAGCGUGGUUUUCUACACCGGAGUCACCACCUCCGAGUUCCUGUUCAGGAAUCCCACCGUGACCAUUGGCCCAAACAAAAGUGUGAAGGAGCCGGUGACAGUCGAGUCAAAGGCCUACAUGAAGCAUCUGGUGGAACAGGCAAACAUCAACUUCAUCGCCACUGGGAAGGUCCAGGAGACCGGGCAGAUCAUCACCGCCAUGAAAGUCGUCACCCUGCACAACCCCAAACUCACCAUCACGGUGUCGGAGGGCGGCAGAGUGAGUGAGGAGAUGACGGCGACCGUGGAGUUCACAAACCCCUUCUCCUUCAGCCUGGAGGGCGUCUACAUCCGCAUGGAGGGACCCGGGAUCAUGCUGCCCAAGUCCAAAUAUUACAGUCUGAUCCAGGGACGUACUUCCCUCUCCUGGACGGAGUAUUUCACCCCGCAGCGGGCCGGCAGCAGCAGAGUGAUCGCCUCUCUGGACUGUCCCGCCCUCAGGCAGGUCCUCGGCCAGGCGUCUAUCAGCGUGAAGCCCUGAGGAUCACCAUAGGGUCGCCGAAGGGUCACUGAGGGUCACUGUAGGUCAAGGGUGUCCAAACUACAUUUUGAAUCGGCCCUCAGCCAAUUCUAAAAGUAUAGUGACUUCAGUAUAAUAAACUUCUGCUUGUCUUAUAUUGUAUCUCUCAACUAUAUAAUGUUAAAAUAUAUUACACACUAUUCAUGCGUUAAUAAGCCCAAUUUUCAAUAAAAUUUCAGUCAAUUAAAGUUGAAAACAGUAUGGCAAUAUGGCCCACAAA